ACAGCAGCAGCAGGCAUGGCAGACGUGGAGCAGCGUGAAGGCAGCAUCCAGGUGCAGAGCCAGAAACUCUUCUUCCGGGAGGUGCGACCAGGUGGUGGGCAGGCUGCUCGCUUCUCUGUGCUGCUGCUGCAUGGCAUCCGCUUCUCCUCUGAGACCUGGCAGAACCUAGGCACACUGCACAGACUGGCCCAGGCUGGCUACCGGGCUGUGGCCAUUGACCUGCCAGGUCUAGGGCAUUCCAAGGAAGCAGCGGCCCCUGCUCCUAUCGGGGAGCUUGCCCCUGGCAGCUUCCUGUCAGCUGUGGUGGAUGCCUUGGAGCUGGGCCCCCCAGUUGUGAUCAGCCCAUCAUUGAGUGGCAUGUACUCCCUGCCCUUCCUCAUGGCCCCUGGCUCCCAGCUCCGGGGAUAUGUGCCUGUGGCCCCUAUCUGCACAGACAAAAUCAAAGCUGCUGACUAUGCCAAUGUGAAGACCCCGGCUCUGAUCGUGUAUGGAGACCAGGACCCCAUGGGCCAGACCAGCUUUGAGCACCUGAAACAGCUGCCCAACCACCGGGUGCUGGUCAUGGAGGGGGCGGGGCACCCUUGUUACCUAGACAAGCCUGAGGAGUGGCAUGCAGGGCUGUUAGACUUCCUGCAGGGCCUGGCAUGA